UAAGCUUCGUUAAGGUGGAGCAGGAUGCGGUCCGGCUCCUGGAGCUUCUUGCUGUGUAGCUUGGACGUCUUUAAUGGGAUGUUAAUGAAGGCUCCGUGCUGACCAUGGAUUUCCAAGCCGUGUCCAGAUACGUCUGUCAGUUGUGCCUCAGCGUGCAGAUUGUCUGGAGUUUAGACCAGGUCACACUGCUCAAUCCUCCAGCGGUGCCUCUGCCUGACCAUCGUCUCAAGAUACUCUACUAUUGCGAUGAACCUGCCACAGUCCGACUGGACUGUAUCAUAUCAUUCGAUACUGGUGUCACUCACAGCCUCCUGCUUAAACAGUGGGCGUGUGUCCCCGGUUCCCCUAAAGUGAACAGUCUGGCGCUAAACCUCCCUGACUGGCUGCUGUAUCAAACUGAUGAGAUUCCAGACUCUCAGUGGGUGUUGAGCUGCAUCCUUCGAGCGUCAGUCACGUACGGGGGGUUCGAUGACACUGAGCUUUAUGUUGCAGCCCAGGAUGUGGCGGUUCUGCACCCAAAGCCCUUUUACAGUCGACCCAUUAAACCCCAGAAGCUCUGCAUGUCCUGGAGCUCACAGAUGCUGCAGUUCACUCAGAGGAUUUCAGCCAAACGAUGCCCCCUGGAGCAAGAAACGAUGCACUUGUUAACUGCAAUUUACGCCUCGACUGGAGAACACUUCGGGAUCACGAAGAGCGCGGAGCCGUUCACCAGCGGCGCUCUGGAGCACAUGCGUGUUAGAGCCAUCUCCUUCCCGUGGUGUGCGUUCUCCAUCUGGAUAUUUGUGACUAGACACUGCCAGGAGAGGCUGUGUGGCGUUUUUUACCAUAUAAACUCCCACAAUGAUUAUGCCACGCCCACUGUUUUACUCAAACGCUCAGGCCAGCUGCACGUCCAGAUGAGCGGAGAGCACGAGGAAUCCUCCGCAUUUCUCUCUCCGUUCAAGGUGCCUUUAAAUGACUGGUGUCAACUCAGCCUGAUGUUACAAGGAAAAACAGCGACUCUCUCAAUGGUUUGCAUGGGCAAAAAGCAGAGGAUGGUUCAUUCUAUGGAGCAAACGCUGACGCACCCUGUGAUGCUGGACGACACAGAAGGAUACUUUGUGAUUGGCGGAGGGAAAUACAUCAGCGGUGCAGAAGGCUUUUUUGGACCAGCGGUUUACCACCGCAACAGGAUCCCCCCACACGCCGGGGCUGAAGUUGUUAUUCCAGACGUCAUUAGGUCCGUGAACCUGACAGGAUGGAGACAGGCCUGUCAAGGCUUUCGCCUGGAGAUGAUCAGCAGCGCCUCAGCCGCCGCGGAGUCUGGUUGUGCCCUCAUCCGUCCACUAGAUGGUGCCGAUGCCACUGGAACGUUCCACCGGACUAAUCAUGUCAUUGAUGCUCAUGUUGCAGACAGCUGUUUAGAUAUCUUCCAUGAGUGGAUGACGAAGGCUCGGCCGCAGGCAGCCGCCCCUCACAGGAGACGAGCUGCAGAACUGGCCGAGUCCCUGUCCUCCAAACACGGGCGCGGAGCCGCCAGCCUGCCGGCCGUGGGCAGGGCGCUCUACUCCCUGUCGCUCCAGGAGCUGAGCAGAGGCCGCAGCUCCGCGGCCGUCAGCACAGUGAUGCCGCUGCUGCUCCAAGCCGGCUGCCUGGCUGACAACAGGGCUCUGCUCCUGGCGUCGGUGCUCUACAGGGCGGGCCUGGGCGUCCACAGGCGGCCCGGGAAGGCUGCGCUCCUGGCUCUGCUGGCAGCGCAGAGCGAUGACCGACUGGCUCUUCUGCACCUGGGGAACCUGCACCACCUGGGGCUCCACGGCGCCGCCAAGGACCCGGACCUGGCCUAUGGCUACUACGCAAACAUCGCUCAGCAGACGACUGUGGACCGCAACAACCCCACGCCCGAGCAGACGUUUGUGGAGGCUGUUUACCUGAACAACGACGAGGUGUUGAAUCUCCAGACUAAUGAGGACCAUCACAUCUUCCAGUGGCUAAAACUGCAGGCACGCAGGGGAGCGGCUGAUGCUGAGCAAGCCCUUGCACGCAUGCUGUUCUGGGGUCAGCAGGGGGUGUCUCCAAACAUCCAAAAAGCAGUGAGACACUAUGAACGAGGAGCUGUUCAGCUGCAGGAUCCAGUGUCCAUGUACGACUAUGCAAUAGUGCUCAUGCAGGGCCACGGGGUUGAAAAGGACGUGCCCAAAGCUGUGACCUUCCUCAAGAAAGCAAUGGACAAGGGUUUCGUUCCUGCCAUCAACGCGCUGGCCUGGUACCACGAGCACUUCGAGCGGGACUACGCGCGGGCCGUGCGGCUGUGGGAGCGGGCUGAUCUGCUCCAGAGCCCCGACGCCGCCCUGAACCUCGCCGUCAUGCACUCGCAGGGCCUGUAUCCAGGAAAGGCUGCAGACCAGUACAAGGCCUACGAGUACUAUCGGAAGUCCGCGGAGAGGGGGCACAUCAGGGGAGCGGUCCAGCUGGCAGACAUCUGGACCACUGGGAUCCCCGGCCUGGUCGCCAGGCGUCCAUCAGACGCCGUCCUGUGGGCCAAGUGGGCGGCGGAGCACAACGGGCACCUGGGCACCGUCCUGAGGAGAGCCCUGGACUCCCACAUGAAGAGCGACGCGUUCAGCUCGCUGUUGUAUUACAUGAUUGCUGCCGAGUCGGGAUUCGCCGCUGCACAGUUUAACGUGGCCUAUCUUUGCGAACAGCAUGCGGGACAAUUUCUGGAUCCCGCUUUUGUAUCAGACUGUAUGUGGACAUAUUACAACCUCACACUCCAAAGCCAAGAUCCAGAACCCUAUGCCAUGAUCAGGAUGGGAGACCUGUUCUACGAGCGACAGCGAGACUCGUCUUCAGCAGCAGAGAUGUACAAACAAGCAGCACUGAAGGACGAGCCACAGGGAUGGUACAACCUCGGCCUCCUCGCUGAAGAGGGCUACCGGCUGCCGCUGUCGGUGCUGUCUGAACUCGGCCUUUCACAGCUGCACGCGGCCGACAGACGUUCGCUUCUGAGCGCCUUGUACAGAAGGUGCAGAGACUCUGAGGACACACAUUCCUACCUGCCGUGCAGUCUUGCCCUCUUCAACGUGUACCUUCGCUCACUCCAGAAGGAUUAUAGCUCUGCAAUUAAGUUCUCCUCUAUUGUUGCCGUGGUCGCAGCACCAACAAUAUUAAUCAUCCUCGGCGUCGUCAGGAGACGAGGCCAGUCGCUCAACUAGAGCCAAGAUUCAGCUGCUAAAGGCCAAUUAACCGGGUCAACAGCACAGAAAUACUUUGACUUAGUUCAUUUACUGGCUUAGGGGCAUCACUGUGAAAAACUAUACAAGAAGUAACUUUUGUACAUGUUUUAGUUUUUAACCUCUUCUCUCUUCUUAAGCCUAAAUCAUUUUGGCAACAGGUUCUGUCCAUGGGACACUUACUUAAUUUUGACAUGCAAUGUGUUUUGUUCUGUUUAAUAUUGAAUUAAAUAAAUAAUAAGCAA